UCGAGCGAGAUCGAGGGUAUGCAAUUUGUAUGGUGAGCUUUGAAUCGAUCAAUCCCGCACUCACUCACUCACUCCUUCGAGGUGGUCUCGAUCGGGCGGACGAGGCUUGGAGAGGUGUGUUGAGCGUCGGAACUCAAUGGAGGUCCGAUUGCAUGAUGAAGCGUUCGCUCUAUGACUAGGGUUUGCUUGAAUUUGGCAGAGUAGGCAAACUUCGACGUGCAGACCGAUCCGGGAAUCACAUGUGUUGCAUCGGACCUAGCAGCAGUUGCAGUAGAGGAUGAUUGAUCACUGCCGAACGCCUUCACUCAUUUUUGUGGUCUAGGGUUCCCAUUUUUGUUGUACGAGGUGCGGGAUUUCUGUGUGUUUCAGGGGAUUCUAGUGACGGGUGAGUGGUUUGGGUAGAGAGUGCGUCUCUGCGAAGAUGAAUCCGGAUACGGAACGGAGACUGGCUGCUCUGAUCAUGGAGGAAGCCAAAAUGAUGCGACAGCGAGCUGAGACGGACGGCGUUAGCGCGUAUCUCGCUAAGCCCGUCGUCAAGGCGCGGCCUAACAGACAGUUUUUGAGUGCCAUGGUUCGAAGUGUCCAGCACGCUAAUCGCAUAGUAGAUAUGGAAGAGAUGUGGCGGCAGAGAGAUCUCGAAAACAAUGCAAGGAGGGACAAGUCUUCUCGUGAAACUAGGGACGAGCGAUUUGAAGUGAGGUCGGCAGACAGAGAUUAUCAUGCAGAGCGAAUGAACUUAAACGAAGAAGGUUCUGAUACCUCUUCCUCUGACCAGGACGACGGCUUGAAGGACGAAGACAUUGAGAAGUUCUUACAUUCAAGAGUGAAACGAGGGCGUGGAGCUGUGGGUUCCCGGAUGGACGAGCCCGGGCCAUACUGUGCUCGUUCAGCAGGCCCAGCUUCUGAUACUCGUCAACAGGAGGAAUGGGAGGAACGUGUAGCGUCGCGUCCUGUAGCUGGUCCUUCCAUAUUGCCGGAAAGGCUUCCUGCUGCGGAUGCAGAUGGACACUCCAGGCGAGACAGCAAGAAGCACAAGAAUGGGAAAUCGAAAAGGGUACACAGUUCUAAUAGCGAUGAUGGCGAGGUGAGGGAUAGGAAACGUCAUCGGGAGUCAAAAGAUAGGAAAAGAAAAGAGAGGCGCAAGUCCAAGGAUUCGGACAAGCACUCGAAGAAGGAGAAAAGGAGAAGAUAGUGCUGCUUCUUGAUUGGGUACUGUUGGAGACUUCUUGAAACUGAGCCUCCAGCUCUACCUGCAGAGGACUACCGCUUAGUCUGAAGGUUGAUGUCGGUGUUCUUUGUGGUAUUGCCUUUUUCUCCCCACUGUAUAUAUGUAGGUACAGCCAGCGUAGUGUUCGACCCGGAUCAUUGAAGGGUAGGAAUUAAUCUAAAUCACUUAGUGAGGCGACUGCUGCUGGUAAUGAAACAUUAGUCACCUUUGUGUGAUAAUAUUGGCUUAUCAGAAACGUCUGGAAUUCAACUUUCAUUCUGUUGUCUUCGCUUGCA